AUGGCGGGCAGGAAUGGCGGCCGCGGUUCUUAUUGGAGCUACCACCAGGAGACUGGAUCCAUCAUUAGCAGCUCGUCAGGUACCAUAGUCUCUACUGCCUACAUAUCCAACGUCUCUCGCCCCUCCACUUUCUCAAUGGAGCCGACCACGCACUUUCUCUCCUUGGGGAUCCACGGGGACAUCAACGGCAACAGCUUCGGGGACUGGGAAAAAGCGGAGGAGGAAGAAGCAGAUCAGGAGGAAGAAACGGAGAAUGAGCGCAUUAGACGCCUGGUCCAGGAAUUCUACCAUGCGCCGUCAGCGAAUCGCAGCAUCAAAAUCGGCGACACGAGUGUAGUGGAGAGAUGGCUCAAGGAGCUGGGCGUCGGCUGGGUUCUCAGCCUCGAUGACGGUGCAUCUGCAGUGGAGGCAGAGGAACUCCAUCGCCAUGCACGGAGCUGGAUCCGGGCUCUCGACGAGAUCGCGCAAACCAUCUGCUCCACGAGGCCGCUCUUUCGGGAUGGUGCCUCCGUGGGCCUGCCCAGUAUUUGUGAGGGAGAAGGAGAGCAUGUGGGUGGGCGAUGCAUUCCGGAUCGAUACCAUUUGGCACUGUUUAUCCAAGAAACCAUGUUGAAGAUCCUCGAUUUUGUUGAGUUCAUAGUUGCUCUGGACCCUAAUGCUGCUACCGUAACUUGUGGGAUAAGGGCACCAUACCUCAAGAUCAGUAUUCUGCUGCUUGUACACGAUGCCCUGUCCGAGGCCUCAACAACAAAGAUCUCUUUGACAUCCCAUCCGCCGCCAUCGGCACAAGUUCGAAGGAUAGAGGACGAGAUGGCCAGCUUCUUAUCAGCGAAGCAGGACAAGGCAACAGAGGCCAUACAGGGCACAAUGGCGGAUACUUGGGCUCGUAUCAUGGAGUCGGUAGAGGACUCCGCGUGUAGUCCGACUCUAAAUGGAUUGUCCGACAUUCACGAUGUCACUCGGUCUGUGACAUUUCACAUUAGGUACUUGUGGCUUAAUUACCGCUCAUUGUACCCAAUUGUACUCGAAGCAGCUAGAUCUAGCAGCCUUGGUAAGUAUGUCACCAAGAUAGGAGACACUAUUGAUCCUAUUGACCGGCUGGUAAUUCAGAUGAUCUCCUGUCUGGAAGAAAAGGUUGCCAAAAGGUCGCAGUCUUUCCCUGACAAGGGCCUCAGGUAUCUAUCCCUUAUCAACAACUUAUGCUACGUAUCGGAACGAGUCCAUAGUGCAUAUGUCAGCGCAGUCCUCACUCGCAAAAUCGAGGACUGUAUACAGACCUAUCUACAAGAAUCUUGGGCACCCGUGUUUUCAUGCUUGACUCAACCUCGUUGCUUUGGGAAAAACUACUCUCCUCUACCCAAGUUCGAGUCUGCAUUUCAGAGAAACUACAAUACCCAAAAGCUCUGGAAGGUCCCGGAUCCGAGACGGACACUGCGCAAAGCUAUCACCGAGAAAAUCAUUUCGGCCUUAGACGACAACAAUGUUUCCACACCAAAAUUCACUCCCGAUCGAGCACCUGAAAGAGAUGUUGAAAGAGCUAUUUGA